AUGGGAACACCAUUAGCAGCAAUCUUUGCUGAAGUUUUUAUGGCACAUUUUGAAGAGACUUAUUUGCCAAUAUUAUUAAAUCGUGAAAAUUCCAAAUUACUUGCAUGGCGUCGUUAUGUAGAUGACACAUUCGUAAUUGCCAAAAUGGAUGCCGAUAAAGAAAAAAUUCAACAAACAUUAAAUUCUUUUCAUCCAUGUAUUCAAUUUACUGUGCAACCUGAAACUAAUGCUACCAUCGCAUUUCUUGAUGUUUUAGUCAAACGACAUGAAAAUGGCUUUGAUACAACAGUUUAUAGGAAGGAAACAUCGACAAAACUAAUGUUAAAAUGGCACAGUUUAGUUCCUAGAGCAUAUAAAACAGCAUCCAUUUCACCAUUAGUAACAAGAGCAAUUAGGAUAUGUUCAACUUUUCAAUUAUUACACAAUGAAUUUGAAUAUAUACGAAUGAUGGCUGCUUACAAUGAUUACCCAGCGAGUUUUGUCGACCAAAUAAUACAAAAACAAUUAAAUAAAUAUUUUCAAUCAGAAAAAAAAGAAAAUCAAAUUAAACAAAUACCAGCUGAAAAGAAAAAAUACACAUAUAUUGAAAUCCCUUACGUCGGCCGUGCAGAGUUAUGAAUUCGCAAAAAGACUUAAGUCAACUAUAACAACUAAUGAUCCAACAUCUGAUCUUCGAGUUAUAUACAAAACAACAAAUCCGACGAAAAGAUUUUUCCCCACUAAAGACCAACUUACCGUUAAUCAAAAAUCAGGCGCUGUCUACGAAAUACACUGCAACGACUGCAGCAAAACCUAUAUAGGAAAAACAAUAUGACAGACCGCAAGACGAUUGAAUGAACAUGAAAAAGAUGCACAAAAAGCCGCAUUGUCCAUACAACAGUUAUUUUCACAUAGCAAAGCAUCUGCCCAAAACAACAAAAAUCAAAAAAGCAUUCUCAAUGGACGAAUAAAAAAGAAUACAAAUACAGAAAAUCUACGCCGAAGCAAACGUAUAGCUGACACGCAACAAAAGCACCUAUCUCAACAACAAAAAACAACAAUUGAAAGCAUUCAAUACACACCUAAUUCAGCACUCGGCAAACAUGUGAAAAAACCGCACAUUCAAUCAACUUUCGAAAUGUUCAAAUUCUAAGACAAGAUCAGAGACCUUAUCGACUAUUAAUCCAAGAAUCCAUUCAGAUAAGAAAAAAAACACCAGCACUAAAUGCCACUGAUACCUCCGUACCAUUAUAUGUCUUUUCGGAGGGAACUAACAACUACUCAAAUCAAUCAACACGAAACACAAAAUUCCCCAAACAAUUCGAUCAUAUACUAAAGGUAAGACCUCAACCUAUAGAUCCAACACAUUCGACUCCUAUUCUUUCUUUCAGAUUCAUGACAACCGAAUUUAACAUAUCCUCCAUCGACAACAACCUAAAUUAAAACCCACAUCAUCAUCAUCUACAGAUUAUAAACCAUCGAUUAUUUAACUAACAUCAUCAUCCACGAAUCAAUUACACAAACAUAGCAAUAAUAAUAUUCCAUUAAAAUAUCCAUACCAGAAAAGAAAUGAAUGACAUCAACAAAUGACAUUUAAAUAUAAUAUAACCUUCAAUAAACUAUUCAUUAUUGAAGAAAAAUCCCAUUUAAAUUACAUUUAUUAGUUAUUUAUUAUUUUUAUUUAAACAAAAUGGG